AUCCGCAUCUUUUUCUAAAAGCAUGUAAUAAAUAAGGAUGAGAAUAUAUUUGUGGUGCACCUAUUCUACAAAUUGAAAUCGCUAUUUGAGUGACAAAACGUCAAAACGUCUAAACAUAAAACAUAACCUCACAAAACAAAACAACAAACAUUUUCGUGUAAUUUAUAGUUAUGUGCCCUUAAAACUGGAUUCAGUUAUGAAGCCACAAAGGACCGGCGACACUGUCCGGCCCUACAAACUCGCCCACCAAAUCCUCAGCCUCACAGGAAUCAGCUUUGACCGCAAAAGCAUCAUCGGCUUCGUGGAAUUGACCAUUGUCCCUAUUAACAAUAGUUUGCGGCAAAUCCGCCUCAACGCCAAACAAUGCCGCAUCUACAAAAUCCUACUAAACGACCAAUACGAGGCAAACUUCCAUUAUUUUGACCCAUUUUUGGAUAUUUGUCAAACUGAUGUUGAUACUAGGAGUUUGGAGCAGUUUUCGCAAUAUCAUUUAAGUGCCGCACUUAAAACUGAUCCAGAUAAUAGUUGUGGGGAGUUGAUUGUUACUAUACCUCCUGAAGCUGUACAUUUGGUUGCUGAAGGUACUGCGUUACGGGUUGGGUUGGAGUUUAGCUUGGAGCAACCUCAAGGGGGGAUUCAUUUUGUUUGUCCUCAAAAAGACGGCACUUAUGCUGAGCGGGGAGUACAUUUGUUUACUUAUGGACAUCAAAAUUCGUCAAGAUUAUGGUUUCCUUGCGUUGAUAGUUUUGCUGAAACUUGCACCUGGAAGCUUGAGUUUACAAUAGAUGAAGAUUUAGUUGCAGUUUCUAAUGGGGAUUUAAUUGAAGUUGUUUUUACUCCGGAUAGAAGAAGAAAAACUUAUCAUUAUGUUUUGAAUGUGCCUACUUGUGCCCCAAAUAUUUCAUUGGCUGUAGGGCCUUUUGAGGUUUUUGUUGAUCCUUAUAUGCAUGAGGUUACACAUUUUUGUCUCCCUGGCUUGUUGCCUUUAUUAAAAGUUUCUACACGUUAUAUGUAUGAGGCUUUUGAGUUUUAUGAAGAAACAUUAUCUAAUAGAUAUCCGUUUAGUUGUUAUAAGCAGGUAUUUGUUGAUGAAUGUUAUGAAGAUUAUCAUUCAUAUUCAACAAUGAGUAUUUUAAGUGUUGAUUUGCUUCAUUCUGCUGUUAUUAUUGAUCAAGUGUAUAGUACAAGGAAAGCAAUGGCUCAGGCAAUUGCUGAACAAUUUUUUAGUUGUUUUAUUUCAAUGCAAAGCUGGUCUGAUAUGUGGUUGAAUAAAGGUAUUAGUCAAUACUUAUGUGGAUUAUAUUUGAAGAAAAGUUUUGGUAAUAAUGAGUAUAGAGAAAUGAUUCAUUGUAUGUUGCAAGAUUUGGUUAAAUAUGAAGAAGACUAUGGAGGAAUUGUGUUAGAUCCAAGCCAACCUCCACUGGCUUUGCCUAAUAAUAAAGCAAACGAAGAAAAGUUUUAUUUUUCCAUAAGGAAUCUACAUACAAUGUCUCCAAUGUAUAUUGAAGCUUUACACAAAAAGGCAAUGUUAGUAAUGAGAAUGUUAGAGCAUCGAAUAGGCCUAGAAUUGUUGCUGCAAGUUUUUAACAAACAAUUAUCUUUGGCUACUAAUGCAGCAUCUCAAAAAAUUGGCAGCGGAUUAUGGGGACAUAUGCUUAUAAGUACCAAUGUUUUUACAAAGGCAAUAUUUACCGUAACUGGUAAAGAUAUGGCAGUUUUUAUAGACCAAUGGGUGAGAACAGGAGGACAUGCAAAGUUCCACUUAACCUCAAUUUUUAACCGCAAACGUAACACAAUUGAGCUUGAAAUAAGACAAGAUGCAACAUCUCAACCUGGAAUACGCAAAUAUGUCGGGCCUUUAUUGGUUACCUUACAAGAAUUAGAUGGCACUUUUAAGCACAAUUUACAAAUAGAAAACACUGUUGUCAAGUCUGAUAUCACUUGCCACUCGAAAAGCCGCAGAAAUAAAAAAAAGAAAAUCCCUUUAUGUACUGGAGAGGAAGUUGAUAUGGAUUUAAGCGCAAUGGAUGAUUCUCCAGUAUUAUGGAUAAGAUUAGAUCCAGAAAUGACUUUAUUAAGAUCAGUUGUAAUAGAACAACCAGACUAUCAAUGGCAAUAUCAGUUGAGGCACGAGCGUGACGUUACAGCACAAAUUGAGGCAAUAAUAGCACUGGAAAGAUACCCAACUCCAGCCACACGCCUAGCACUUACAGAUACAAUUGAAAACGAACACUGUUAUUACAAAGUCAGGUGUCGUGCGGCAAAUUGUCUGACAAAAGUGGCAAACGCUAUGGUUGCAAAUUGGGCGGGACCUCCUGCAAUGCUGGCAAUUUUUAGGAAAUUUUUCGGUUCCUUUGCGGCACCGCAUAUAGUCAAGCAAAACAACUUUGAAAAUUUCCAGCAUUAUUUUAUACAAAAAACUAUACCGCUUGCAAUGGCUGGACUAAGAAAUGCUCACGGUAUUUGUCCUCCUGAAGUAAUACGAUUUUUACUUGAUUUGUUUAAAUAUAAUGAUAAUUCAAAAAAUAGGUUUUCGGAUAACUAUUAUAGGGCUGAGCUUGUAAAGGCUUUAGGCUGUACAAUUACCCCAGUAGCUUCAAUUACUUCACCUAUUGUGGCUGAUAAUUUAAGUGCAGACACUAAACUAAUUCUAGAAGAAAUCACUCGCUUACUAAACUUAGACAAAGUAUUGCCUUGCUACAAAUACACUGUUACAAUAGAAUGCCUAAAAGCUAUAAGAAAACUACAAAGAUUUGGCCACUUGCCUAGUAGGUCUACAUUGUUUAAAUUCUAUGCCCAAUACGGCCAAUAUAUUGAUGUCCGUUUGGCUGCACUAGAAUGCUUAGUGGAAUUUAUUAAAGCUGAUGGCAAACAAGAAGACCAAAAGCAAAUUUUAGACUUAAUUGAAAAUGACCCUGAUCCAGGUCUUAAGCACAAACUCACCCAACUACUUAUUAAAAAUCCUCCAUUUAAAAGAGCUCAUAGAUCAAAACUUGACACUCCAGAGCUAGUAGAGCGACUUUGGACAAACAUCAACUCCUUAUUAUCAUUUGACACAAGAAUCAGAUGCGAUUUAGUUGAUUUAUAUUAUACAUUAUACGGUAAUCGUAGGCCUAUUUGUAUCCCCUUACCUGAACUAGUAGGCCUAAUGAAUUUGAACCAAAAAAAACUCAAGCCCGUACCAAAACUGGUACCUGAAAUCAAACAAGAAGAACCUAUAGUAAAACUUGAAGUAGAGCCUCAAAUAAAACAACAACAACAACAAGAUUUCUUUUCGGAUAAUUCAAUUUCAUUACCUGGCAUUGACCAGCAAAAUCCAGUGGUUGGUUUUGAGCCAGGGAUGUUCAACGACUCGAAAUCUAAAUUAAAAAAGAAGAAAAAAGACAAAAAAAAGCAUAAGCAUAAGCACAAACAUAAGCAUGAGCAUAAGCAUAAGAAAAUAAAAAAAGAAGAAAAUGCGGCAACUCCGUCUUCGACUCAAUCGACUGCGUCAACGCCUACUUUUGCUACAGAGGACACACUUAGCUCAGCAAGUUCGCCUUCAGUUGAAAGCGAAAGCAUUAUUUUAAAUUAGGAAUUUAUUAUAAUAAUUAUACUAUGUAUUAAAAUAUUGUAAUCAAGAUUUUUUUUUUUUUUUUUAAAGAGCUUAUAACUCAGAAACUAUUGCAGCUGCGUCAAAAUGACCUCAAUAGUGAUUUGUAGAGAAUUUAAUUAGCUUCAUUUUGAGUCUAAUUACAUCAAAAUCGGUUGAAAAUUAAGAAAGUUAUGAGGCAAAAUAUAAAGCGAUGUUAGUAACAGAUUUUAGACUGUUUGAUUUCUCCUUCUCAUUUUUGCAGGUGUUCGAUAAUUUGAAGGCAAUUCUAGUUUUAAUCGUUGCCGAUAAUACAGAUAACUGUAAGCAGAAGAUUUAUCAAACGAAGUAGGCCUUGGAAACAACCCUAUUUUUCAUCGAUUGUCGAUAUUACAGGUUCGAAUCGAAAAAAAAAAACCAUUUUGAAUUAAUUGUCAAAAAUUACAAGGCCUACUUAGGACGUCACGUUCUCUGACGUUUGC